AUGAAGAAUUCUGCUCAACAUAUACUCACGGAGCAUCUGAAGUUGAAGCCGUACAAAAAUCAAGAACGACAAUUGCAAAUAGAAGCUAUGAAAGCAGCAAGACUCGAGCGAUGUCGCCAGCUGAAAUGCAGGUUCGUUCGAAAUUUGCAUCGUCGAAUUGUGUUUUCAGAUGAGAAGCUUUUCACGAACGAGCAAGGCCACAAUCGACAAAACGACAGGGGUUGGGCACCUGGGACAAGAAGAAUUCCACUUGACAACAAAGAAGGAAGACAGAGCAGAAGAAAGACAGAACAGGUGAAGGAGGACGAAGAGGAGCUAUUGAAGGGUGGACACAAUAUGCUUCGUGAGAAGUACUUUUAUAGCGCGAGUUGGGUUUCACCACACGAUCAGUCCUGCCUCAACCCGACCAUGCAGUCAUCCGCUUCCUUUCUCUCCAUUCCAUUCCUUCUCCUCUCCGCUUCAUCCGGCCUACAUGGACUCGACCCAUGCCCCCAUCCCGAAGAGAUUCUUCCUUGCGUGUGCUAUAACGAUGAAGAAGGCAAUUACGUAAUCCUGGAUUGCUCAGCGGCGAACUCCAGCUCCCAAAUAUCUUCCGCCUUCAACGACGCCUCCUGGCCAGCCACCAACCUGACCGGCUUCAGUUUGGUCGAUGAUAACCAGGUGGAGGAACUCCCCGAAGGAGUCUUCAAUAACGUAGCUUUCAAGACAAUCUAUGUGGAUAAUUCUACCAUGGCAUCCCUCCAUCCGUCCGCCCUGCUCUCAUCUCAGGACCAACUCGACUUUGUGUACAUCCGGCUCUGCCCGAUGAAAGAGUUUCCUUGGGAUACUCUGCCUCAACUGACCAGUCUGACAGCACUCUACCUGAAAUACAAUCGAUUGACUGCGAUACCAAGCAUCCAAAGCCCCAGCCUUGAUCAAAUGAUCCUUUCUCACAAUCGCAUAUCCAACCUCGAGGCAGAAUGGUUUGCGCCAAGCUUGACCUUCCUUGACUUGAGCGAUAAUCCCAUCUCGACGAUCCCCCAUGGCUUUUUCGAGGGUUUCCAGAACUUGACGCUAUUUGCAUGUCGUAAAUGCGAACUGGGACCUACUCUGCUCAGCGGGACCCUGGAAUUCUACAGUGAAAACUUGCAAUAUGUGAUACUCAUCCACAACAACAUCUCAAGCAUAGAACCAAAUGCCAUAGCAGGUCUGACCCCAGAUACGACUAUUUACCUUCAGGCUAACAACAUCACGGAAUUGACCGAAGAGGUAUUCCGCCCAAUUCUGGAGGUCCUCGUAUUUGGGAGUGGAUACAUUAACCUUUGGGGUGUGUUGCACGGCGUUCCAUACCGUUCCGUUGUUUUCUUCGCACCAUAA